CGCCUUCCCGGUACUGUCAGAAAAAAGAAGUGAAGAACAAAAUACGCAGCUUGUACAGGAGUACCUAAAAGAAUUUUAUGAGCUAGAAAAUGAACUGAUGCCACGUGCCAGGAAAAGCAGCGAUCCCUUAGUGGACAAAAUCCAACAAAUGCAAGAAUUUUUGGGGCUAAAUGUGACUGGAAAAGCAGAUGCUGACACAUUAGCUCUCAUGCAGCAACCAAGAUGCGGUGUGCCUGAUAUUGCUAGCUUCGUUUUGGCUCUUCCUGGAUGGAGUAAAACCAAACUUACAUACAGGAUCUUGAAUUACACACCUGACAUGAAGGCAGCUGAUGUGGACACAGCCAUUGAAAGGGCAUUUAAUGUCUGGAGUUCAGUGACUCCCCUGACAUUCACAAGGAUUCAUGAAGGGACAGCAGACAUAAAGAUUGCGUUUGCAACUGGAGUACAUGGCCGCUGUCCUCGGCCCUUUAAUGGGCCCCUGAAAGCUAUUGCACAUGCUUUCCCACCAGGCAAUCCCUUCCGUGGAAACGUCCACUUCAAUGAGGAUGACAACUGGAUUGAUGACUCAGUCAUGGAAGCGAAUGAUGCACCACAUCUAAUAAGAUUCAACUUGUUCCUUGUCGCUGCACAUGAGAUUGGCCAUGCGCUUGGACUUGCACAUUCUAGUGACCCACUAGCACUGAUGUUCCCAUAUUAUAAGCCCACUAUCUCUCUUGAUUUUCCUCUCACCCAAGAUGAUAUUGAUGGGAUUCAAGCCAUCUACGGACCUUCACUUACCCCACCAAAGAAGCCAGCUAAACCAACAUUGCCUAAGGCCUGUGACCCAAAGAUAUCAUUUGAUGCUGUCACCACACUGAGAAGGGAAGUCAUGUUCCUAAAGGGCAGAUACUACUGGAGAGUAUAUCCUAGUCUUUCUGAAGUUAGUCAUGAAUUAAUUUCCACCUUUUGGCCUUCUCUACCAUCUAACAUCCAAGCAGCUUAUGAAAACAUGAAUGAUCAAGUUCUCUUUUUCAAAGAUAAUCGCUUCUGGGUUCUAAGUGGUUUGCAGAUGGAGCCUGGCUACCCCAAAACUAUUGACCAUUUGGGUUUCCCACAGAAUAUUAAGAAAAUUGAUGCUGCUGCUUUUGAUAAGAAUACUGGGAAAACAUAUUUCUUUGUUGGUAACCAAUACUGGAGGUACGAUGAAAACAGCCGAGCCAUGGACAAGGAGUAUCCAAGGAAAACAAGAGCAGAUUUUCCUGGAAUUGGCCAAAAGGUUGAUGCUGCUUUUCAGCAUAAUGGAUUCUUCUAUUUUUUCCAUGGGUCAAAGCAGUGGGAGUUUGACCUAAAUGAUAAACGGGUGACUCGUGUAACGAAGAGCAACAGCUGGCUUAAUUGUUAGCAACUCGGUAUUUAAUAUGGAAAGAAAAGUAUUCCGAGGGUGCAUUUUAAAGGACCUAUUUAAUGUACCCUAGCUGCAAAACAAAAUGCUUUAAAAAUAGGAAUAGCUGAAAUUACUUUUUUAUUAUUAUUAUUAUUUUCAGAAUAAGAGAGGUACAGAAUGAAGAGGGGGAGAUACAGAGUCAAAGGAACAGUAAGAUUUUGCACUACAAGAGUUAUUAAAAUACAGAGUAUACAAAGCAUAUCUUAAUCAGAGUUAAUCAAUGUUAAAGUGAAGAAUACAUAUACCAUUCCAGCUACUGUGUAUUUUCACAUUUACCUUCACAAACUAAAUACGUCAUGCAAUCUACCUCAUCAUUAAUAUUUGACCAUUUCCAUCUUUUCAUAGCCUUGUAUUCAAUAUUUAGCAAUGUAUCAGUAUACAAUCUUAUUCAGAUUUCUAAAACUUAAACAGGGAUACACAAAGAAAGAAGGGGGGAGGGAAAAGUUAAUAAAGACAAAAAAAAUUCAACUUAUCGCUACAAGAGUUCUUAGAAUACAGAGUGCACAAAAACCUAAUCAUUUCCAAUAUUUAUCCACAUAGCAAUAAAAUUGCAACUAUUAAGUCCCAUUACUAUAUACUACGCAUACUUAGCACCUCCCACCUCCUUCCCCAUACUUAAUAGUACAAAAAUUAAUAAUCAAAAAGGAAAAACUCCUCAUUCCAUUAUUGCUGCACUAUUUCAUCUUAUCUCUUUAUGUAACUGAUUAAUAAAGCAAUCAUUUCUACUUAUCCCUAAUUUUAUCAAUGUUUCCAUAUCU